CUCAUUUCAUAUGCGGCUUUGAGAUAGCUUGUGUAUUCGCUCGGAUUAUACAAGAAAGAGUGAAUUUCUAGCAUUCUUAUGAUGCCAUGAGCUACCAUGUAGAAAGUUAAUGAUGUGAAGAGUGUUAGUGUGCUUAUUUUGAUGUGAUUUUUGUCCGCAACUGGGAGAGAUCCUCCUUCCUUCGGUUUUGUUUGAGAGGAGAGAUCGGCUUACGGUGAAAACAAGAUGGCGGACCUCGAAGCCGUGUUGGCCGAUGUAAGCUAUUUGAUGGCUAUGGAGAAGAGUAAGAAUACUCCAGCGGCCAGAGCAAGCAAGAAAAUAAUACUUCCAGAUCCAAGUGUCCGAAGUGUCAUGCAUAAACAUCUGACGAAGGUUGGGGAAGUAACAUUCGAUAAAAUCUUUGGACAGAAGAUCGGGUAUCUACUGUUCAAAGACUUCUGUGAAAAUGUAUGUGACGAAUCGGUCCCCCAGUUGAGAUUCUAUGAAGAGAUCAAACGCUUUGAGAAAUUAGAAUCUGAUGAAGAAAGAAUAAAGUUAGGAAAAGAUAUUUACGACCAAUUUAUCAUGAAGGAAUUGUUAUCACAAUCACAUACCUAUUCGAAAGCAGCUGUGGACCAUGUACAAGAGGCAUUAACAGCUGCACAAAGAACUAAAAGUCUAUCAUCAAAUAUUUUUGAGCCCUACAUAGAAGAAAUAUGUAAUUCCUUAAGAUAUCAUAUAUUUGAGAAGUUUUUAGAAAGUGAAAAGUACACAAGAUUUUGUCAAUGGAAAAAUCUAGAACUUAAUAUACAGUUAACAAUGAAUGACUUCAGUGUACAUAGGAUUAUUGGUAGAGGCGGCUUCGGAGAAGUAUAUGGUUGUAGGAAAGCAGAUACGGGCAAAAUGUAUGCAAUGAAAUGCUUGGACAAGAAGAGGAUUAAGAUGAAGCAGGGAGAAACUCUAGCUUUAAAUGAGAGGAUUAUGUUAUCUCUAGUCAGCACAGGGCAGGAAGGCAGCCCUUUCAUUGUGUGUAUGACGUAUGCGUUCCAAACCCCGGAGAAGCUGUGCUUUAUCCUUGACUUGAUGAAUGGAGGUGACCUUCACUAUCACUUGUCCCAGCAUGGCGUCUUCUCCGAGAGGGAAGUCCGUUUCUACGCCGCAGAGGUCAUCCUAGGGUUAGAGCAUAUGCACAACCGGUUUGUGGUAUACAGAGAUUUGAAGCCAGCAAAUAUUUUAUUAGAUGAAAACGGCCAUGUGAGAAUAUCAGAUUUAGGGCUAGCCUGUGAUUUUUCCAAGAAGAAGCCACAUGCCAGUGUAGGAACACAUGGUUAUAUGGCUCCUGAGGUCCUUUCCAAAGGAACACCUUACGAUUCCAGUGCUGACUGGUUCUCAUUAGGAUGUAUGCUGUACAAACUAUUAAAAGGACAUAGUCCCUUCAGGCAACACAGAACCAAAGACAAACAUGAAAUUGAUAGAAUGACCAUGACCAUGAAUGUUGAGUUGCCAGAUUCCAUGACGUGUGAGAUGAAAGCGCUGUUAGAGGGACUCCUACAGCGGAGCGUGGACGACAGGCUAGGCUGUAUGGGCAGAGGAGCCCAGGAGGUGAAGGAACAUCCAUUUUUCCGAACAAUUGAUUGGACUCAGGUGUACCUACAGAAAUACACUCCGCCUCUCAUACCCCCGCGGGGCGAGGUCAACGCAGCCGAUGCGUUUGACAUAGGAUCAUUUGAUGAAGAAGACACAAAAGGCAUUAAAUUAGCAGAAGCCGACCAAGAACUGUAUCGCAACUUUCCAUUGGUUGUCUCCGAGAGGUGGCAGCAGGAAGUGGCUGAGACGGUGUUCGAGGCAAUCAACACAGAUACAGAUAAGCUGGAACAGAAACGGAAGCAAAAACCAAGGAUAGAUGACGUGGAUGUUGGUCCAACGGACUGUAUUGUGGAGGGUGAAGUACUAAAGCUGGGAGGACCUUUUCUACAAACAUGGCAGAAGAAACACCUCAAGCUGUAUCCCAAUAGAUUAGAAUUUUACAGCAAGAACAAAGACGGCCAGGUGGUCCGGGGCAAAGGGGUGGAGUUGGUUUCGAUGUUGGAUAUCAGAGAAGUGUAUCAAGAAUUUCAGAAGCUGAACAAAACGGAGAACUGUAUAGUCAUAGUUCAGAAAAACGACACAAAACUGGCCAUCACAUCUCCUGACCGGGUACUGAUUAACCAAUGGAAGGACGAAAUCAUUAGCGGAUACAAAACCUCUACACAAAUGAUGGCUCAGAUGACAACCAAAGCUAGCAAGAUGUACGGUGCGGCUAUCGCUAAUAGCCCUAGCUCAGAAAACUUCAAACCCCCUCUAGAACAUAGAAACAGCAACGGAAGCUAGGCUAAAACCCAUUUAGUCAGAACUAGCGUGUCAGAAACAAGUGUAGCUUACCGAUGGGCAUCGUGUGAGAUAUCUUUGAGCUGUAGUCAUGUGAAUGGAUAUUUCUCCUCACCAGUUGUAAAGGUCGACCUUGUUUCUAUAACAAAGAUAGCUAUUGGAUGACAGUCAUGCACCAAACCAAAUGUAACUGACCAAUCAACCAUCACUUCUGAUCCAGGAGUUGAUCAAUAGUCAUCACUCUGUGGGAAAAAAUAUAUUAUAAUUUCAAACAAAACCUAGGAAUAUGUUUGUGUUCUACCAGAGAUCUGAUGCAAAUCCAAUAUAAAAAGCUGUUCGGGAAAGCUGCAGACUUUGCCAGCAUUUACAGCUAAAGUCAGGCACUCGGGAUGUAUUUUGUGUGGUUCUGUGGCUGGAAUGAAUCUUAGCUGUAUUUAUAUUAUUUAAUCAUUUUGUGCCAAUCAUCAAAAUAUCCUAAAAACAGAACAAAACAACAAAUGAAAUGGCAGAGAGGAAAUGCAUGAUGAUUCCUGGAUUGAAAGAAAGUUUGUCAUCAAAAGAUAGAUGUGCUUCAAGGCUGUGAUUGGUUAUCUGACCACCUGGUGUCCUAGCAACGCCGCAACACACCAUUCACUGGAAGGGCUGAUGGCAUAUUUCAAACCUGGUCUGACGUUUUAAUUUACAUGCUACAAUUUUUGUUUUAUCUGUGAUUUCUCAUUGUUAUGAUGAUGUAUAUUUCAUAUACUUGCAUUUUGUGAUUGAUUUGGCAAAAAAGGAAAACAUUGUUACUUCUUUAUAGUACAUGUUUCAGGUAGACAAGUUAUUGUAUGAACCCCCUUUUUAUGCAUAUUUAGAUCUGAUCUUUGACCUUUGUGCUACAAGGGGAUUGAUCUCUGUGUGUUUUAUUCCUCCCCUCAAAGUCUUAUCAUAAAUGUUGCCACAAAGUUUCAUGUUAGAUCUUCUCCCAGUUUUUCCAAAAUUAAUCAUUACUCAAAAAAAAUCUAUCCCCAGUCAUUUAAGAAUUUUCCUAAAAGAUAUUUUAAAGACUGCUUGCUCUAUGAUGAAUUUCUGUGUGUACGGAACAUGAUAUCAGAUCUCUUAAAGGUUCCCAAUUUUAGUUCAAUAUCAGGUUCUUUAAAUGUGCGAAAAUAACUACAGCUAAGGAAAUAAGUGUCGUCCUUUUUCUAAAUGGUCAUGUUUUGAGAAUUGUUGAAAUCUUAUAUUUGAAUAAUUUAAAAAAAUUGUCGAGACAGAUGUACCAAAGAAUUUACACUAUAUCUUCCUAAUCUUAAUAAUGCUGGAAAUCUUUUUUAUUGGAGUUAGUUUCCUUUGAACUGUUUAUUGAGAGAUUCUUUACAGAUGAAAUGAUUCAUUGAUGUAUCACAAUUUAUCGGUGCAUGAUACUAUCCCUGAUUCAAACGUAUUCAAAUUGAUAAUUUACUUUUGAAAAAAAAGGAUAUUAGUUCACAGAACAGUAGCAUAGCAUACAUGUAUGCUUGUAUGCUCAGGCAUACACUAGAAAAUUUCAAGAAGUGUUUAUCUAAUCAUAUAUAUUUUUAUUUUAUUUUUAAAUUAUGAUUAAUAUGGACCGUCGGUAUCAAAUAAAUGAAUUCUUGAAAAUUUUAGUCUGAUAAAAUAGUGUUGUGUUAUGUCUAUACACAUUGACAAAUUUCGAGGUUUGUGUAAAUCAAAAACUACUUAGUGUAGUACAAAAUUAAAUAUUAUUCAUAUAAAAUGGUUGGGUUUUACUUAUUAAUAAUAAGAUUGAAAGGAGAUCCCAGAACACAGGAGAUUGCUUAUAGGGCCUUGUAGGGUUUUUUCAGCUAUAUAUGGGAGGGCUAUAGCUAACUCCCAUAGACUCUCCCUCCAGCGCUACAGCCUCGGACGCUCGACCCUCUGUAAGCAUACACUCAAAAAUAAUAUGCAACGUCACUGCCGAAAUAUUUGUGUGUUGAGUAUGAACUGCUAUUAAAAUGUUACCUCUGCACCAAAGUCAAUAUAGUAAUUAAAAUUUAUGAAAUUAUCAUCUUGAUAUAAAUAUUAGAAGAAAUUGUUACCUAUAAGUAAGUUUAAAUCAAACACUGCUGUAAUACUUGAUAAUGUAUAGGUUCAAUUAAUUUAGCGGUCCUUUCCUCCGUGAAGUAAAACAGUACAUUAUGAUAUUUAUUUUGUCAUAAAGCAGAUAUCAUAAUACUUAUUGAGUUGUGAUUCAUGUGUAUCAUUUCAUCCUCCAGAUUCUCGAAAAAGAAAAGAAAAAUCAGCUUUAAUUAAUUAAACAUUUUUGAUUCGCUUUUUUUCACUCUCUUUCUCCCUUUCUCCCCCUCUCUCUCUCUGUAAAUAAUAAUCGAUAGACAGAUGGAUUUCCACCUGACGAUUUUAAUGUUAAAAGUGUAGAUUUACGAGCAUUAAAAGCCUGAUAUACUGGAACAGUGUAGGAAAUAUUUAAAGUGGAUAGGCAGAUUUUAUCCUGUUUUUAUCAACCAUGAAAUCCAUUUAAAACGAUGUUCUUUAAAUGUUAAUUAAAUAGGGCUUCUAACGAGGUCUUGCACAUUGUCCUUGUUUUAUCUAAAGAAGAGUUGUAUCAGCCUCAUCUACUUAAUACUAUAGAGGGCUUUUUGUUAUAUCUUCCCUACUAUUUAUUUAUUAAUAUUGAUAAAUCGUAUCGGUAAAUUUGUUGAUUAUUAGUUAUUGACAAAAUAAUGAAAAAAAUGUUCAUGAAUUGUUCAACAAUAUAGAACAAUAUUGAUGAUUUGUUCAACAAUAUAAAACAAUGUUCAACAAUAUAGAACAGUGUUAAUAUAAUGAAUUGUUCAACAAAAUAUAACAAUGUUCAACAAUAUCAAUCAGUGUUAAUUGAAAAUGAUUCUCAUGUUUCAUUAUCAAUUGUUCAACAAUAUAAAACAAUAUUGAUGAAUAAUUUGACAUUUAUUUAUGAAUGGUAUAGUUGUCUGAAUGAAUGAUUUAAUGAUAUAAUUAAUUAAUUACAUCAAAGGUUAAAUCUAUUAAUUAAUGGUAAAAAGAAUGAGUAAACACUAUUAAUUAUUGAAUAAUAUUGAUUUAUGAUGAAACAGUAUUGAUUCAUGAAACAAUAUUUCCCAAUCAAACAAAAUUAUGAGUAAAUAAUAUUGUUUAAUGAUUAAGCUACAGUUUAUUUAGAAACAAGAAACAUCAUUAAUUAAUGAUUUUACAAUAUGGACUUAAUGAUUAAAUGUUAUCGAUUAACAAGGAGUCAGUACUGCUAAAUAGUUGAAUAAU